GCGCACUCACGAGAUUUCGUUGGUGCUGGCGCAACUGUGGCCGAAAGAAUCGACCACCGACGACAUGUUGGUAGGGCUGUUGUGCGGUGAGAUCGCUAAGGGCGGACGAGCAACGGUCGCCUACGAGCUCCUCACGUUCCUGUCUCAGCGUGUCGACGACCUGCCGACGGACAUCAUCUCCUAUAAUCGGAGCGAUCUGACCCAGGCUGAACCUGUGACCUUGGUGAGGAAGUUGAAGCCAACCGUAAUCUGGGCGAACUGUACGGAGGAUUACGGGCAGUAUCUAAGCGAUCAUGAUCCUACGGUUUGGUGCUACCUGGACCUGGAUGAACUUGCACCGGAUAACUUUGACUUCGACGAGUUUUGUAAGGCACAUCGAGAGAACGGAGAGCUGUCGUCGGACGACGACCCGGGUCGCAUAGCCAUCGCUGGGCUAUCGGAGGAGGAGGAGGAGGAAGCGUGGUCGACGUCAAAGGAAGAAGAAGAGGCGUCGACCCCUAAGCCCCGAGAGGCUCCACCAGCACGAGCGCCACCUGCCGUUCGAGGAGGAUCCACGUUGAAUCACACCACGACCGGUGACGUCAUCUCCAGCUGUCGCGAAGGAGGGUCUAGGGGCUCCAGUGCGUUAGUGCGUCGAGCAAAGCAGGCAGAGAAACAAAAGCUCCCUCAUCGCACUAAGCAUACUGCUAUGGAGGACACUCGAACAGAUCACCGCCCCCCUCGACACACGACGUCCAAGUAUGAUUUUGUCAAGGUUAAGGUAUGGUUGGGCGAUCACAACGAUCACUAUUAUGUACUGUCUCGCUUCCUUGUGAGUAGGACGCUCACACUUACGCAAAUCCCUCAUGUGACAGCGAUCAAGAUUGCUCUUGAGCUGAAGAAGCUCCUCGUGGACAAUUCUUUAUUGGAUGUAUCGCAGAGCGACCUGGAGGCCAACCUUUUCAAACUUAUGCGAAGACGAGGAUUCGGCGACGAGUACAUCAGUCGCUAUCAGAUGAUGACCCGGUUUCAUCAUUUGCGUGUUCCGCUCAUUGUUCUGGUCUGUGGGACAGCGUGUGUGGGAAAGUCGACGAUCGCCACACAGCUGGCCCAGCGCCUGAACUUGCCAAAUGUCUUGCAAACGGACAUGAUCUACGAGUUGCUUCGUACGGCCGAGGAUUCACCGCUGCAUCCAGAGCCGGUGUGGGCAAGGAACCUGAGUCCUGAGGAAGUCCUCAGCGAGUUUUGUAGAGAGUGCCGGGUUGUGCGGAAAGGGCUUGAGGGCGAUCUUGCAAAGUCGAUGCGAGAGGGCAAGCCCAUCAUCAUUGAAGGGGUACAAAUAGACCCUGCUAUUUACCUCCAGGAGAUGGCUGGCAUUCUGCCUCCGUUGUCGACUGCUUCUGGUCCCAAUGGCGUGGUCCCCACCCCACCGGCGACCAUCGAUUCAUUAGGCGUCUUGGUAACGCCACCGGUUCCUGAUGUCUGUGGUCCCGGUCGGGGGCCCGACGGCGACACCGCGGAUGCAAGUGUUGCGCGCAGGUCACAACAGCGUUCCGAUGAUGAGAGCAGCGGUAGAGGGCAAGGCGAGGCAGGUUCUGUAGCGAUCGCUGAUCGAGCGAAGGUUGGGUGGAGCAGUGGAAAAGGGCUAGAAGAGGAGGGCAGGGGCACACCUUCACCGAGCGAGUCGAGCGGAGAAAGGGAACUCCAGCACGCCGGUCCCAGCAGUGGCAAUGUCAGAGGCUCCAGCUGUGCCACGGCCGGCAGUGGAAGGUUUGGUUCCGUCACGGCACAGGGAAACGGGACAAGUGGCGAGGGUGAUGAACCAGAGGAAGGAGGUGGGGAGAAUGGGGUGAGGAAGAGCAUCGAACGUGCGGAGCUUGGCUCCGUAGACAACGCAAGUGAGGAGUUGGACGAGCAUGUCGGCUCAAGAUGCAAGGCGGAGGGUUCAGUUCAAGCAGCAUUAGGGAACUCAAGUAUAGGGAGGGAGGAGACGGAGAAGGGUGCAGCGAUGGAGGGCAGGACUGGAGGGGGAGAGAGCAUAGAGGAGACGACGGGGAGGGAGGAGGAUGGGCAGUUGAAAGCUGGAGAAGAAGGGAAGGCGGAACUGGGGAAGGAUGCAAGAGAGGACGUUGCGGUUGUUGGGAAGAGCGAGUCGUCGAGGGCGGAAUGCACGAGGAGAAAACAAGUAGGGAAACAUACUUUGAAACCGAUCAUUGUGUUAAUUGUGCUGAAAAUGGACGAGGAGGACCACGACUCGCUCCUGGAGGAGUGGUUCGGGAACAGAAUGAGCCCACCGUACGAUGGCAACUUAGCGCAAGUGAGGGCUAAUCUCAGGGUCAUUCAGAAGUACCUCUGCUCUUUUGAAGGUCAAGGGGUUGCCACAGUAAAGGUCUCACCAACCACUUUUUCUCAGACCCUUGAUGGGCUUCAUGGUUUUCUUCUACAAAGCAUUGAAAUGGGAUGCCGCAUGCAAUCUCUGAAAAAAUAACAGGAAAUUGCUAGAUUGUGGAAACCCUGCUCCUCCUCGUUUUCUAAUUGUCUGCAUCUAGCUUGUUUGCCCAACU